AUGUUGGGUCGGAAUCGGCAAAUGCGCCCUGGCGACAAUCCAGAACUGACGUCAGAGCGGCUCAAAUGCACUUUUGACACUGACAUUUUGGCGGCUGAACUCAAUGGAGGCGUGGAAAAUCUCGCGAAAAUGCGCGAGAUCCAACAAGAGGUAGUUUCUCGAAUCAAUAAUAUCUUCUCAUAAAAUGAUGAGUUUUUCUGAUUUGAAGACAUUUUGAAGGUCGGAAAACGGACAGAGUUGUGGGACGCUAGUUCACCAACACACAUGAGCCGAAUACAGAAGAUUGAAAAUGCCUGUAGGAAGGUUGGUCUGGAGAUUUUUGAGAAAAAUGAGAAAAGUGUUCGAUUUCAGCUCCAACAUCUAUUCGAAGUCGUGUCGGACAUUGCGCCGUCGGACUUCAAAGUCAUGUUCUCAGUUCUUAGGUGAGAGUUGGGAACUUUAUGAAGGCUUUUUCGAAGUUCAUAAAGUCUUCAGGUUUUUUGUGGAAAAAAUAAGUUUUUGUCGUUGGAAUAAUACGGAAGGGUUGCAUUGAAGAAUUUAAAAGCGUAGAUGAAACAAAUUUUGAAAUUUUUGAAAGCUUUGUUUCAGCUUCCCUGUCAUUUUAGAUUCAAGGCCUUUUUCAAACAUUCACCCGUCUUUAAAAGUAACUAAAGUCUGUACUAAUGUAACUUUGAUAAAUUUCCUUCGAUCUCAAAAAGUUUCCCAAACUCUCAUUUUUAGAACCAUUUUUGGAAUCGAAGGCUUCCCGCUGGCUUUACACAGUCUGAUGUUCGUUCCGACUAUCCAAAACCAAGCCGACGAUGAGCAGCAGGAAUGGUGGCUGAUGGAUGCGGCUCAGGCCCGCAUCAUUGGGGCCUAUGCUCAGUCCGAACUGGGACAUGGUACGGUAUCCAGUUGAAUAUUCAAGAAAACCAUAUAAUAUAUCACAGCUCCGUUUUGAAGUUAAGUCAUGGUUUAUAUCGAUAGUUGAGAACAAUUAUAGUUUCAAAGGUGUGAAACUUCCAAAUUUUCCAACUUUCAGAAAACGGUCACAUGAGUAUCCUUUCUUAAAAAUGUCAUCUUAGAGUUAUUCGAUUUCCUGAUGGUCAAAUUUAUGUACUCAGCUGUUUUUAAUAUCAACAAACCUUUUUUUUCUUUUUCUAGUACUAACCAAUAAGCAUGAAAGAUCAUAAACUAGAGUUUAUCUUAUCAUAAUAACUUUUUCGUGAUUUUUCCAGGUACCAAUCUAAAUCACAUCGAAACGACGGCCACCUUUGACGUCACUCAGGACGAGUUCGUAGUUCACACGCCAACGACAACAGCACUUAAGUGGUUGGUUUUUGAAAUUCAGAGGAAGAAGCUUGGAAAACUUUCAGAAAGUCUAUUGAAAUAAAAUUGAUAAAUUUUCUAUUUAACUCUUCUAGAACUUUGGAACGUACAGAAGGAAAAAUAAUCGUAAAGCUUGAAAAUUAUGAAACAAUAGAAGAUGAUUGAGAAGGGCUCUUAAAAAUGACUCAGGAAAUCUUGAAAAAAUUUUGAAAAGCUCUUUUUCAAAGAAAGCUUUAGUUAAAAAAAAACGACAAACCCUAAAAAUCGUGUACACGAAAAAAAAAAAAACCAAAAAUUCUUAAAUUGUUGCCCCAAAUUGCUCAUGUUACGCCCACUUAAGGUGGCCGGGUGGAAUGGGCGUCUGUGCGACGCACGUCAUCCUCGUCGCCAACUUGGUCAUCGAUGGAAAAAAUCACGGUCCUCACUCGUUUUUCGUUCCAGUAAGAGAUGUAGACACACAUCAACCGUUGCCUGGUGAGUGGUCACUUUAGGGGAAGAACACAUGUCUUCUUUGACAGGAGUUCGCGUCGGGGAUAUCGGCUCGAAAAUGGGAAUGAACUGUUUUGACAACGGUUAUCUCGGAUUCGAUCAGUUCCGAAUUCCCAGAAGGAACAUGCUGAUGCGGCAUUAUAAGGUAGGUUCUAGGAGAAGUUCAGAGGCAACAUAUUGAAAGUUUGAAUCAAAAAAGAUUAUAAGAGGAAAAAAAAAACUCAAAAUGUUCAUUAUUGUUCUUUGUUGAUCAAAACUGAGAAGUCGAAACCAAAAAAAGCUCCGAGAAAGAUAAAAUUUUACACCGAUAUCUUUAUGACAACUACUGCAAAAGGACGAAAUCCUGACUUUUCGAGAUCGAAAUAUCCCUUGAUAACUAGUUUUGCUAUCAGGUAUCGCGUGAAGGUGUCUACACUGCUCCGUCGCACCCAAAAGUCGGGUACUCGACGAUGUUAUACGUUAGGUGACUAUCCAAUUCGAUUCAUAGCCAUUUUGUAAAAUUCAAGGUCCGAAAUUGUGUUUCAUCAGGCUCAAUUCAUGUUCAUGGCUUUGAUGAUUGCGGUGAGGUACUCGGCGAUUCGACGCCAGGGAGAAAUCACUCCAGGGUUUUUUUCUAAUAAAUUUGAGAGAGUGAAGAUGUCUUUUUAGAGCUGGAGAAGUUAGGAUCCUCGAUUAUCAGACUCAACAGUUUCGGCUUUUCCCCUACAUUGCACGAGCUUUCGCUUCUUUGGUAAUUAUGUCAUCUCAAGUGGCUUUUUGAUUCAUCUCCAAAUUUAGGCGGCAGCCGAAAAAGUUCAACAUUUGACGGAGCUCGGCUUGAGAAACGUCAAGAAUGGAGGAAACGUGAGUUUCGUCAUUAUUUUUUCAAGGAAAGGGUUUUAGGUAAAAUCCAAGUAAAACGGAAAAGCCAAAGCGUAAUGAAUUCGAAUUAUCAUGAAAUUCUGAAGAUUAAAAAUUUCACCGGGACAGUUUUGGACUUUCGGAUUUCAGACCGAAGUCCUCGCCGACCUACACGCCCUCUCAUGCGGUUUGAAAUCUGUAGUAACGCAUACGGCCGCAGAAACAAUCGAACAGGCGAGAAUGGCUUGUGGAGGACACGGCUACUCGGAUGCCAGUUAUCUGCCGACCAUCUACAGUUAGUUAAAUGAUCUUAUUUCGCCGUAGGACUAACUUUUUGAGUUUGGCUGUGUUAUGUUAUGGCUGAGUUUUUAAAAAACCAAUUUGAUUAAUCAUUAGGUUUCGAAAACGAGGUUUUUUAAUUACAAAGAAGGCUCUCUAAGUCUUAAUAGUUAGAGCAAUAAUAAAAGUUGAAAAAAUCAUUUUUGUUGAUAACCUGACGGAAUUUUUGAAAUCUUUAAGAAUGUACCAGCCCAGCGAUAGGAGAACCUUCGACCACGCCCCCGCGUGGGCGAAGGUUCCUCAGUUGGUGGGUUGCUGGUUCCGCGUGUCCCCUCUAUCUCUCCGUAACUCCUGCCUGCCUGUAUUUCCCUGUGUCAAGCAGCUGACAUCCCAAACAGGAAGGUCCAAUACGCCAACCUUUAGAAUUGUAUCUGGAGGGAGUCUCUAGACUCUAAAGGCGGGAAUUUGGAAUAAGAACGAUUGAAAUGACUGAACCCUAGGGUUCGAUGUUUCGCGAAAAAUUCAAUUUUCGAAUCUUCAACCUUUUUCUGAUUGUUAAUUAGUGAAACUCAAUUUGAUUCCGUAUUGGACUGGCCCCAAGUCAACCUUGACCUAAAUUGGCUCGGAGAAAAAUAACUAUCCACCUUUAAGACCUCUUAGAAAUACUUAAAGGCUUUUCAGCAAUUUUCGUUCGAAAAAUAGCGAAUUUUUUCUGCCUUCUAGGCGUUACAUUAAAAAUGAUUUACCCUGAGACUGAAUCGAGAUAAAAUAAUUGAAAUGAUUGGAAAAAGUGAUGGAAAAGUAAGCAAUAUAUUUCAAAACUCAUUAUUUACUAACCUUCUAAAUUUCAAGCUUGUGCCGUCGGCGCCUGCACCUACGAAGGCGAAAAUAUAGUUCUCCUGCUUCAAGUCGCCAAAUAUCUAAUGAAAGGAGCCAAGGCGGCGGCCGAAAACCGCCCUUUGGUCGGGUCCAUGGCUUAUCUUUCCAAAGGCAUCCCAGUUGAAAAAUAAAGGUAGUUUUUAAAAUGAAUUUUAAAUUGCAAGAUGAAGAAAGCCUUUAGGCAAGCACGCGCCAAUGAUAAAGCAUUUCGAGCAUGUCGCACGCAAACGGAUCGCCUUGGCCUAUGAACUUUUGAAAGGAGAACUUGCUAGGGGCGUCGACAAAGAACAUGCUUUUGCACGACAUGCUGUGGAUAUGUCCAAGGUGAAUUUUCAGACAAAAAAGGUUCAAGCAACCGAAAAUGCUACAUGAAAGAAGGGAAAAAAAAUUCAUGGAAAAGAGCCGCUCAUGAAGUUUCUUCCACUUAUCGUUUCAGAGAUUAAAAAUCAAGUUGUAAAUUUGGUCUUCUCCAUUCUGAAUCUUCCAGGCCGCCCGAGCCCACACGAAGCUCUUCAUAGCGAGUGCUUUCGUUUGUCGGGCCGAAGCUGUGGCGGACCCGGCAGUUCGCCUCGUUUUCGACCAACUCGUCGAGCUUCAUCUCAACUACGAACUUGGCGAAAUGGCCGAAGACGUGCUCCAAGACGGCUACAUGUCUUCGGAUGAGCUCCGACGGAUGCGACAGAACGUCUACGUAUCUUUCGAGAAGAUCCGGCCUAACGCCGUCUCAAUCGUCGACUCCUUUGAUAUUCCAGAUAGGGAGUUGAGAUCGGCGAGUUCUGAGAGCCUUUGUAACUUGUAGGAGUCGAAACUGCUUAGAAGAAAAAUCAUCAAAUAAAAUCUUUUUUUAAGACUUUAUCGAUUAAUUAAAUGUUUUCUGUAAGUUUAUAAUAGACUGACUUUAUCUUUCAAAGUUUUCUGAGUACAGAGUGCUACCUUUUUUGAGUUUGAUUGUAAGGCUUCACUAUAACCAUUAAAAUUGUAACAUCUCGUACUCAGUUUCCAACAGAGUGUAGCUUUUAUGAGAUUUGAUCCCCUUUGAAACAAAAAUAGUCAAGAAUCAAUCAAAUUUAAAUGUAUGAUCCCCGUUUUCAGGUUCUCGGCCGUCGUGACGGUAAUGUCUACGAAGAGCUCUAUCUUUGGGCUCAAAAAAGCCCCCUAA